GUUUUCAGAUUCACAUGUCCGCAAGUGAGGUCUUCUUCUUCAUGUACCGAGGAUUCUUCUCUUAUAUUCUUCGCGAUGUAAAUCUCUAUACUGAGUCGCGCUUUUGUGAGAUUUUUUUCACGAUAAGAAAAAAUAAGGUGCUUCAAGAAAAUUUAAUGAAAAGAAAAAAAUCAAUAAUCAAGACACCAUGAAAGAAUAUUAUGCUUCUACCUGAUGAAACCUAUGAGCAGAGUUCCUUUGCCCUCUACAGACUUCUUCAGCUUUUUGAGACAUACGAUUAUUUUCUGCGCACUCACAAUAUCAAAUCUGAAUUUUUCUGUAGGUACCAAGAGAAGCAACUCCUGCACGAGAACCUGGUCCAGUUUCUGCGUGAUUUUCGAAAAGGACAUCAUGCCUCGUCCUCAAACGAAGCAGUACACCUCCAACAACGCCUCAGAAGCCUCAGUACUGAGCUGGUCACCCUAAGGAACCGCCUCCACGUGCAGGGUCCUCCACCACCUCUAAAAAACGGCGCCAGCAAUGGAUCUGCCCCUAUUGUACCACCCUUAUCACAGCCUAUUGUUACUCCAGAGCAUCAAGGGACUAGACAACCUCAUGUACCACCGAGGAAUGGACAACAUCCUGCACCUCCUUUGGCUGUCGCGCAAAAAAUCAACGCUAAUCAUGUACAGCCCGUACAGGGUAAUACAGCCAGUCAGGACAUAGGAGAUCUGAUCCAUUUGCCUGGACCCCUCACAGAGGACGCUGUGAUGAAAUGUUUGCAGAGUCGAUUUGCUUCAAACCAGUUUUAUACCAACGUAGGUCCAAUACUCCUUUGUUUAAACCCAUACAAGGAUGUGGGGAAUCCCCUUACACUAAACAGUACUAGAAGUCUACCACUAAGCAGUCAGUUGAAUAAAGUAGUGCAAGAAGCAGUAAGACAGCAAUCAGAAACAGGGUAUCCACAGGCUAUCAUCCUUUCAGGUAUCAGUGGAUCAGGAAAAAGUUAUGCUUCCAUGCUUCUUCUGCGACAACUCUUCGCUGUUGCUGGCGGUGGACCAGAAACCGACGCAUUCAAGCAUCUAGCUGCAGCAUUCACUGUUCUCCGUUCUUUAGGUUCAGCCAAAACUUGCACCAACUCCGAAUCAAGCAGAAUUGGCCAAUUUAUUGAAGUUCAAGUAACCGAUGGUGCAUUGUACAGAACAAAAAUCCACUGCUACUUCCUUGACCAAACAAGAGUUAUUAAACCGUUACCAGGUGAAAAGAAUUACCAUAUUUUUUACCAGAUGCUCGCAGGGUUGUCUACAGAGGAAAGGGCCAAGUUGAACUUAGAAAGACAUAAGCCUUCGACCUUGAAGUACCUUCAGCAUGGAGAUAUAAGACAGGAUGUUGCUGAAGAUGCUUCUAGGUUUCAGGCAUGGAAAACAUGUCUGGGUGUGUUGGGAAUUCCAUUUUUGGAUGUUGUAAGAGUUCUGGCAGCUGUUUUGUUACUGGGGAAUGUCCAGUUUAUUGAUGGAAAAGGGUUAGAAGUUGAUGUACGAGGUGAAACUGAACUAAAUGCAGUGGCGGGACUGUUGGGAGUAUCAGGGGCAGCUUUGUUCAGAGGAUUGACGUCGAGAACACACAAUGCAAGAGGCCAGCUUGUCAAAUCCGUCUGCGAUGCUAACAUGUCAAACAUGACAAGGGACUGUCUGGCUAAAGCCUUGUAUUGUCGUACCGUGGCUACCAUAGUUCGUAGGGCCAACAGUUUGAAAAGAUUGGGCUCCACUCUGGGUACACUAAGUUCUGAUUCAAACGAGUCAGUCCACAAUCAAGCUGAGGUGACUAGCCAACAUGCUUCCACCAUAGGAAAUGGUAGCAAUUCAGCUGGUAGCAAAUCAAUGACAGCAUUGAACAAUGCUGUUCGCCAUGCCACAACCGAUGGCUUCAUCGGCAUUCUGGAUAUGUUUGGUUUUGAAGAUCCCAAACCAGCUCAACUGGAGCACCUUUGCAUCAAUCUUUGUGCCGAGACGAUGCAGCAUUUUUAUAACACACAUAUCUUCAAGUCGAGCAUUGAAUCUUGCAGGGACGAAGGUGUCAAUUGCGAGGUGGAGGUUGAUUAUGUAGAUAACGUACCUUGCAUUGAUCUGGUAUCGUCACUCAGAACGGGUCUAUUGAGCAUGCUUGAUGUUGAGUGCUCAAUACGUGGAACUGCUGAAUCUUACAUAUCAAAAAUUAAGGUCCAACACAAAAACAACAAAAGACUAUUGGACCCAAAACCAAUAGAUUCAAGACUAUUCGGCAUCCAACAUUUUGCAGGACGUGUGGUUUAUGACGCUUCAGAUUUCCUCGACACCAACAAAGAUGUCGUUCCUGAUGACCUUGUUGCAGUUUUUUACAAACAAAGCUGCAACUUCGGCUUUGCAACACACCUUUUUGGCAGUGAAUUGAAAGCACUAUACUCAAUUGAGACAGUUCCCAGAGGAGUGAGCUUCAGGAUAUCCCCAACAUCUCACACAGACCUUUUAAACGGAGAUGAACCAGUGUCCACACUAACACAAGACUUCCAUACACGUUUGGACAAUCUUUUGCGUACUUUGGUACAUGCCAGACCCCAUUUUGUCAGGUGUAUCUGCAGUAAUAACCAAGAAACGACCAAUAGGUUUGACAGGGGGUCUGUAGUAAGACAAAUCAGGUCUUUACAGGUUUUGGAGACUGUCAAUCUGAUGGCUGGAGGUUAUCCACAUAGAAUGAGGUUCAAAGCUUUCAACUCAAGAUAUCGACUGUUGGCACCUUUUACAGAGUUAAAUAGGACUGAAGAGAAGGUUACAGAUGAUUGUAGAGUUAUUCUACAGUAUACGGUAGAUCUUUUGACUAAGAGGGAGAUAAAUAGUUCGGUGUCUACUAGUUGGGCGCUAGGGAAGAGACAUAUAUUUCUUAGUGAGGGUAUUAGGCAGCAAUUGGAGAAUUUGAGGCACGAGACUAGACACAAAGCUGCAACACUGAUCCAGUCUACUUGGAAAGGAUGCAGGUAUAGAUGGUCUACUCUGCGCAGAGAAAAACCAGAACCAAUAUCAACCAAUCCAGCACCUCCCAAGUCGGCUACAGCAAGAAAUGGAGGUAUACCCAGUACCAGACCGAGACCUCAGCCUAUUGCUGGUACUCCACCUCCUGAUAUGACAGAGAAAUGUGACGCAAAAAUCAUCCAACAAACUUGCAACUUGUUUGGGCUGGACUUGGAACGACCUCCACCAGUACCACCAAGCAGAUCCUAUACAGUGACAGGAAAUACUAAAUUAGGUUACCCACAAACUCGUGUGAUGAAAAUGACGUUCCCCGAAGACGCCUCCUCUGAUAGCAUAGUCUUAAUGAAAGGUGACACUGUCCUGGUCAUCGGUGCUUCCCCGCGCAGAGGCCACCUAGUGGUCGAACACAAAAACACAACGUUCCACGUGCCCUUCCAGUACAUGGAACUAAAACAAUCUGUUAAUAUUUAAAAAUCUAUUUAUAUAUUUUUUUAUUUGUUUAGAUUAUAGUUUAGUCUCUAUUUAUUAGUACCGUCCGGUCGGGAAAAAAUCGACGUCAUAGUGGCUGUUGAAAAAAACAAUUCGGAGGUUACUGUGACGACGUUUUUUUCACGAUCGUACGGUAUUUAUUGAGCUGUAAAAAAUCAGUAUUUUAAAACGCCGCGUAGUAUAAUAGAUUUAAGUACAAAGAAUAUCUAGCUGGUAUAUCAGAUAUUAUUUUACUGAUAGAGAGUGGAGAGUAUUUUUUUAAGCAAAAUUGUAUACGAUAUGAUUUGUUUAACUUGCCAUUUGGAUUAAUUGUCUGUAAAAUAUAUUUUUAGAGUUUAAAGUUUAGAUUUUAGUUUAAAGUAAAAUAUCUUAACCGUCCAGAUAUAACUUUAUUGUUUUAUAGGUAAUAAAAAACUUUUUUUAAUGU